AUGUGGGGGUGGCCUGAAGAACGGGGCCAGUGCAAGAGGCGCUGGCGGGUGGGGGCCGGGGACCGGGGGGCGGGGGCCGAGGGCGGGAAGGGGCCGGCCCGGCGCUGGGGGCGGGACCAGGCGCGGUGGCGGUGGCGGGGGCUGCGGCGCGGGGGGCGGGGCGGCCUGGCCCGGGACACCCCCCUCCCGGUCCCCUGGCGGGGCGGCUUCGGCUCCGGCAGCACUGGAGGCAGCAGCGGCCGGAGGGCGACUUGCGGGACGCGCCGGCCGCCGGACCGGGACGCUUCCCCUCCGGGACCCUGCUCCGACUCCCUCCGCCGCGCCGUCCCGCGGGAGCCGGCGGGACCCCCGGCCACAGGGAGCGCCGGCGGCGGCCGCAGCACCAUGAGGCGGCCGUGGGGCGCGCUGCUCCUUGGCGCCCUGCUCUGCGCACACGGCCUGGCCAGCAGCCCCGAGUGUGCUUGUGGUCGGAGCCACUUCACGUGUGCGGUGAGCGCCCUCGGCGAGUGUACCUGCAUCCCUGCGCAGUGGCAGUGUGACGGGGACAACGACUGUGGGGACCACAGCGAUGAGGACGGCUGCAUGCUGCCCACCUGUUCUCCUCUUGACUUUCACUGUGACAAUGGCAAGUGCAUCCGCCGCUCCUGGGUGUGUGAUGGAGACAAUGACUGUGAGGACGACUCAGAUGAGCAGGACUGCCCCCCCCGGGAGUGUGAGGAGGACGAGUUCCCCUGCCAGAACGGCUACUGCAUCCGGAGCCUGUGGCACUGCGACGGGGACAAUGACUGCGGUGACAACAGCGAUGAGCAGUGUGACAUGCGCAAGUGCUCUGACAAGGAAUUCCGCUGCAGUGACGGAAGCUGCAUCGCCGAGCACUGGUACUGCGACGGUGACACCGACUGCAAAGAUGGCUCUGACGAGGAGAGCUGUCCCUCAGCAGUGCCCACGCCUCCCUGCAACCUGGAGGAGUUCCAGUGUGCGUACGGCCGCUGCAUCCUCGAUAUCUACCACUGCGACGGGGAUGAUGAUUGCGGGGACUGGUCAGACGAGUCCGACUGCUCCUCCCACCAGCCCUGCCGCUCGGGGGAGUUCAUGUGUGACAGUGGCCUGUGCAUCAACGCAGGCUGGCGCUGUGAUGGCGAUGCGGACUGUGAUGACCAAUCUGAUGAGCGCAACUGCACCACUUCCAUGUGUACCGCUGAACAGUUCCGCUGCAGGUCAGGCCGCUGCGUCCGCCUGUCCUGGCGCUGUGAUGGGGAGGACGACUGUGCCGACAACAGUGAUGAAGAGAACUGUGAGAACACAGGAAGCCCCCAGUGUGCCUCAGACCAGUUCCUGUGCUGGAACGGGCGCUGCAUUGGGCAGCGGAAGCUGUGCAACGGGGUCAACGACUGCGGGGACAACAGUGAUGAAAGCCCACAGCAGAACUGCCGGCCCCGGACGGGCGAGGAGAACUGCAAUGUUAACAACGGUGGCUGCGCCCAGAAGUGCCAGAUGGUGCGGGGGGUGGUGCAGUGUACCUGCCACACAGGCUUCCGGCUCACCGAGGAUGGGCACAUGUGCCAGGAUGUGAAUGAAUGCGCGGAGGAGGGGUAUUGCAGCCAGGGCUGCACCAACAGUGAAGGGGCCUUCCAGUGCUGGUGUGAAGCAGGCUAUGAGCUCCGGCCCGACCGGCGCAGCUGCAAGGCUCUGGGGCCGGAGCCUGUGCUACUGUUCGCCAAUCGCAUCGACAUCCGGCAGGUGCUGCCGCACCGCUCUGAGUACACGUUGCUGCUCAACAACCUGGAGAACGCCAUUGCCCUUGAUUUCCACCACCGGCGCGAGCUCGUCUUCUGGUCAGACGUCACCCUGGACCGGAUCCUCCGUGCCAAUCUCAAUGGCAGCAACGUGGAGGAGGUUGUGUCUACAGGGCUCGAGAGCCCAGGGGGCCUGGCUGUGGAUUGGGUCCAUGACAAACUCUAUUGGACCGACUCAGGGACAUCAAGGAUUGAGGUCGCCAACCUGGACGGGGCCCAUCGGAAGGUCCUGCUGUGGCAAAACCUUGAGAAGCCCCGGGCUAUUGCCUUGCACCCCAUGGAAGGUACCAUCUACUGGACAGACUGGGGCAACACCCCCCGCAUUGAGGCCUCCAGCAUGGAUGGCUCUGGACGCCGCAUCAUUGCCGAUACUCACCUCUUCUGGCCCAAUGGCCUCACCAUUGACUAUGCUGGGCAUCGUAUGUACUGGGUGGAUGCUAAGCACCAUGUCAUUGAGAGGGCCAAUCUGGACGGGAGUCACCGCAAGGCUGUCAUUAGCCAGGGCCUCCCCCAUCCCUUUGCCAUCACCGUGUUUGAAGACAGCCUGUACUGGACAGAUUGGCACACCAAGAGCAUCAAUAGUGCUAACAAAUUCACUGGCAAGAACCAAGAGAUCAUUCGCAACAAACUCCAUUUCCCCAUGGACAUCCACACCCUGCACCCCCAGCGCCAGCCUGCAGGGAAGAACCGCUGUGGGGACAACAAUGGAGGCUGCACCCACCUGUGUCUGCCCAGUGGCCAGAACUAUACCUGUGCCUGCCCCACCGGUUUCCGCAAGAUCAGCAGCCACGCCUGUGCCCAGAGUCUUGACAAGUUCCUGCUUUUUGCCCGAAGGAUGGACAUCCGUCGGAUCAGCUUCGACACAGAGGACCUGUCCGACGAUGUCAUCCCACUGGCUGACGUGCGCAGUGCUGUGGCCCUUGACUGGGACUCCCGGGAUGACCACGUGUACUGGACAGAUGUCAGCACUGACACCAUCAGCAGGGCCAAGUGGGAUGGAACAGGACAGGAGGUGGUAGUGGAUACCAGUUUGGAGAGUCCAGCAGGCCUAGCCAUCGAUUGGGUCACCAACAAGCUAUACUGGACAGAUGCAGGGACAGACCGGAUUGAAGUGGCCAACACAGAUGGCAGCAUGAGGACAGUUCUCAUCUGGGAGAACCUUGAUCGUCCCCGGGACAUCGUGGUGGAACCCAUGGGCGGGUACAUGUAUUGGACCGACUGGGGUGCUAGCCCCAAGAUUGAACGAGCUGGCAUGGAUGCCUCCGGCCGCCAGGUCAUCAUCUCUUCCAAUCUGACCUGGCCUAAUGGAUUAGCCAUUGACUACGGGUCCCAGCGGCUUUACUGGGCGGAUGCUGGCAUGAAGACGAUUGAAUUUGCUGGUCUGGAUGGCAGCAAGAGGAAGGUGCUGAUUGGAAGCGAGCUCCCCCACCCCUUUGGGCUAACCCUGUAUGGGGAGCGCAUCUAUUGGACUGACUGGCAGACCAAGAGUAUACAGAGCGCUGACCGGCUGACGGGGCUAGACCGGGAGACCCUGCAGGAGAACUUGGAGAACCUUAUGGACAUCCACGUCUUCCACCGCCGGCGGCCCCCAGUGUCCACGCCAUGUGCUAGGGAGAAUGGAGCCUGCAGCCAUCUGUGUCUUCGGUCCCCAAAUCCGAGUGGCUUCAGCUGUACCUGCCCCACGGGCAUCAACCUGAUGCCUGAUGGCAAGACCUGCUCACCAGGCAUGAACAGUUUCCUCAUCUUCGCCAGGAGAAUAGACAUACGCAUGGUCUCCUUGGACAUCCCUUAUUUUGCCGACGUGGUGGUACCUAUCAACAUUACCAUGAAGAACACCAUUGCCAUUGGAGUAGAUCCCCAGGAAGGAAAGGUGUACUGGUCAGACAGUACCCUGCACAGCAUCAGCCGUGCCAAUCUGGAUGGCUCGCAGCAUGAGGACAUCAUCACCACAGGGCUGCAAACCACAGAUGGGCUCGCAGUGGAUGCCAUUGGCCGGAAAGUGUACUGGACAGACACGGGAACCAACCGGAUUGAAGUGGGCAACUUGGACGGGUCCAUGAGGAAAGUGUUGGUGUGGCAGAAUCUUGACAGCCCACGGGCCAUUGUGCUGUACCACGAGAUGGGGUUCAUGUACUGGACGGACUGGGGGGAGAAUGCCAAGCUAGAGCGGUCUGGAAUGGAUGGGUCAGACCGGACCGUGCUCAUCAGCAACAACCUAGGAUGGCCCAAUGGGCUGACUGUGGACAAGGCCAGCUCCCAACUGCUCUGGGCCGAUGCCCACACUGAGCGAAUUGAGGCUGCCGACCUGAAUGGCGCCAGCCGGCACACGCUGGUGUCCCCUGUGCAGCACCCUUAUGGCCUCACCCUGCUUGGCUCCUAUAUCUACUGGACUGACUGGCAGACCCGGAGCAUCCACCGUGCCGACAAGGGGACUGGCAGCAAUGUCAUCCUGGUCAGGUCCAACCUGCCAGGCCUCAUGGACAUCCAGGCCGUGGACCGGGCACAGCCACUGGGUUUUAACAAGUGUGGUUCGAGAAACGGCGGCUGCUCCCACCUCUGCUUGCCUCGGCCCUCGGGCUUCUCCUGCGCCUGCCCCACUGGCAUCCAGCUGAAGCGAGAUGGGAAGACGUGUGACCCCUCCCCCGAGACCUACCUGCUCUUCUCCAGCCGAGGCUCCAUCCGGCGUAUCUCACUGGACACCAGCGACCACACAGAUGUGCACAUCCCGGUUCCUGAGCUAAACAAUGUCAUUUCCCUGGACUAUGACAGUGUGGACGGGAAGGUCUAUUAUACAGAUGUGUUCCUGGAUGUUAUCAGGAGAGCAGAUCUGAAUGGCAGCAACAUGGAGACAGUGAUUGGGCGUGGGCUGAAGACCACCGACGGGCUGGCAGUAGACUGGGUGGCCAGGAAUCUGUACUGGACGGACACAGGCCGAAAUACCAUUGAAGCAUCAAGGCUAGAUGGUUCCUGCCGCAAGGUGCUCAUCAAUAACAGCCUGGAUGAGCCUCGGGCCAUUGCCGUUUUCCCCCGCAAGGGGUACCUCUUCUGGACAGACUGGGGCCACAUUGCCAAGAUUGAGCGGGCAAACUUGGACGGCUCUGAGCGGAAGGUCCUCAUCAACACAGACCUGGGUUGGCCCAAUGGCCUUACCCUGGACUAUGAUACCCGCAGGAUCUAUUGGGUAGAUGCACAUCUGGACCGGAUUGAGAGCGCUGACCUCAAUGGGAAGCUACGGCAGGUGUUAGUCAGCCAUGUCUCCCACCCCUUUGCUCUCACUCAGCAGGACAGAUGGAUCUACUGGACAGACUGGCAGACCAAGUCAAUCCAGCGUGUGGACAAAUACUCAGGCCGGAACAAGGAGACAGUGUUGGCGAAUGUGGAAGGGCUCAUGGAUAUCAUUGUGGUUUCUCCUCAGCGACAGACAGGGACCAAUGCCUGUGGUGUGAACAAUGGAGGCUGCACCCACCUCUGCUUUGCCAGGGCCUCAGACUUUGUGUGUGCCUGUCCGGAUGAGCCAGAUGGCCGGCCCUGCUCCCUUGUCCCUGGCCUGGUGCCCCCAGCUCCCAGGGCUACCGGCCUAAGUGAAAGGAGCCCAGUGCUACCCAACACACUACCGACCACCUUGCGUUCCUCUACCACCCGGACCCGCACUUCUUUGGAGGAGGUGGAAGGAAGAUGCUCUGAAAAGGAUGCCCAGCUGGGCCUCUGUGCACAUUCCAAUGAGGCCGUACCUGCUGCUCCAGGGGAAGGACUUCAUGUCAGCUACGUCAUCGGUGGACUCCUCAGUAUUCUGCUGAUUUUGGUGGUGAUUGCAGCUUUGAUGCUGUACAGACACAAAAAAUCCAAGUUAACUGAUCCUGGAAUUGGGAACCUGACCUACAGCAACCCCUCCUACCGAACUUCCACUCAGGAAGUGAAAAUUGAAGCAAUCCCCAAACCAGCCAUGUACAAUCAACUGUGCUAUAAGAAAGAGGGCGGGCCUGACCAUAACUACACCAAGGAGAAGAUCAAGAUUGUAGAGGGAAUCUGCCUUCUGUCUGGGGACGAUGCUGAGUGGGAUGACCUCAAGCAACUUCGCAGCUCACGGGGGGGCCUUCUGCGUGAUCAUGUAUGCAUGAAGACGGACACAGUGUCUCUCCAGGCCAGCUCUGGUUCCCUGGAUGACACGGAGACGGAGCAGCUGUUGCAGGAAGAGCAGUCCGAGUGUAGCAGCGUCCACACCGCAGCCACUCCUGAAAGACGGGGCUCUCUGCCAGACACAGGCUGGAAACAUGAACGCAAGCUCUCCUCAGAGAGCCAGGUCUAA